AUGUCAAAUCCAAACGACCCCUCCCUCGACGAGAUCCAAUGGCGAUCCCCCCAAAUCGUAGCCCAGAUGGGCGGCCUCCACUCCAACACAAUCCUCUUCUACUUUGCCGAAUCGCCCUUCUUCGAGCGCACCUCCAACAACGCCGUCAUCAUGGCCCAGGCAAUGAACAACAUGGCCAUGUACCACUACAUCCAGACGCGCGAAGCCUUUGAAACGCGUCUCAAGACAAUGUCGGGCCUGGAGUUCAUCGUGGGGGAGGAGCCUGCUGAGACGGGGCCGGGCAUGGGAACGGGCGUUUGGGUCAUUCGCAAGCAGACGAGGCGGAAGCGAUACCAGGAUGACGACGAAAUCACAGUCCACGCCUCGUUUUUUGUCGUGGGGGAGAAUAUCUACAUGGCACCCACCUUGGCGGAUAUCCUGGCAUCCAGAAUUAUGACUAUAUCUUCAGCAAUCGCAAAAGCUCUACCAGCCGCCGAGGCAGCCCGCAAAUGGCGUCCAUCCACAGGCCACGUUUACACACUCCCCGCAAGCCAACCUCCCACCACCCAACCCAAACCGCAAGAGGAGAAGCCCGUACUCGACGAGGCCGGCAAAUCAGCAUCUACUGCAGCAGCAAAGCACGACGCCCCUUCCAUGGACAGGGUCGCCGAGGAGUCAUUGCUGAUCCACCUACGGUACGGAGGAGAAUACAUCGACGAGAUCCCCAUCACUGGAAAGCCUGGGGAAUUCCACCUCUCUUCGACGGGCCGCAAGCCGGUGUUGCCUCCUCAGGGCGCCGCUGCCCCGACUGGAAUUAGUGCUAUGAGCGGGCCUCCAAUGAUAAAUACAAAGCUGGACGAUAAAAAGGAUGGCAAGGCGGACAAGACGCCAAAGUCGGCUACAAUGCCGAAGCUGAAGAGGAAGAAGAGCAAGAUGAGUCCUAGCGUGACUCCGGCGGCAACC